AACAAAAGUAGUACUUCUGGUACUUUACAGUAGUUUCAUCUACACAGGAAUCAGGAAAAGGGACAGCAGUCCAAAAGGGAUUCGCCAAUAUGCCCACUCACGCAGCAGUCCACGUGUUGGACAACUACUACCUGGCCAUCACUCUCCUCGUCACCGUGGCCUACCAGCUCAUCGGCUUCGCUUUUGCAUUCUCCUUCAAGUUCGACAAGCUCACCGACUUCAUGGGCGGCAGCAACUUCGUCCUCCUGGGAAUUCUCACCUUGGCACUGUCCGGCACCACCAAUGCUCGUCAAAUCAUCACAAGUUUAAUGCUCAUGCUCUGGGCCACACGACUCUCGGGCUUCCUCCUCUUCCGCAUCUUGAAGACGGGGAAAGAUGACCGAUUCGACGACAAGCGGGACAAGUUUUUCUCCUUUUUGGGCUUCUGGGUGUUUCAGAUGAUCUGGGUCUGGACGGUGUCGAUGCCCGUCACGAUUUUGAACAGCCCGAACGUACGGCAGUAUCCGCAGCCGAGCUUUGGCAAGGCGACGGAUAUCUUUGCCAUUAUCUGGUUUGUGCUGCAUUUCGGUCUCGAGGCUGUGAGUGAUGUCCAGAAGUACCGAUUCAAGCAAGGGCCUGGCAAAGAGCCGGGUGCAGUGUGCGACACUGGUUUUUGGAAAUACAGUCGUCAUCCCAAUUACUUUGCAGAGAUUAUGGUGCAAGUGUCCAUCUACAUCAUCGCCGUGACUCCAGCAUCUUACGGCACGAUUCCCUCUGGCUCCGGUGCAUAUGCCGCUCUGUACGCUUCCUGCGUGGGUUUCAUUCUCCUCACCGUCUUACUCAUGUUCGUCUCGGGCCUUACUCUCCAGGAGCGGCCUGGCGCGAAGAAGCGUUAUGAGAAGGGAACGGGAUGGCACGCGUAUGAGAAGUACCUCCACGACACCAGCAUCAUGUUCCCCAUGCCUCCGGCGAUCUGGAGAAAAUUACCCGUCUUCGUCAAGAGAACCGUCGGCCUCGAAUUUCCUAUAUAUGUGUUUGACCCUGCGAAGCAUGCGGACAAAGAUGCCGUCAGGGAGAGUCAAGCCGAGGAGGGACGAUCCGAGAGCAAUGGCGGUGGCGGUGGAGGAAAUAGACAAAGUACUGAGCCGCUGAACUGAACUGGAAAAGGCCUAACGAAAGCUAUGACAUUUGAGCGUUGUAUCAUGCAUGACCUGGACGCGAUUGUCCAUAUAGAUUUGAUGAUAUAUUGUACGAUCAGGGAAGAAUUUACCUCUAAUACCAC